UGACCUUUUCCUGUCGCAACGGUAGUGUGUGGAAUCGGCUCGUGGAUCUGUGAGACCCGAAGAUCGACAGCGUCUUCGUACCCCAGAGGCUGUGCCAGGCAGCUCUGCGACCGUCAUCAUGCCACAAAAUGAAUAUAUUGAAUUACAUCGUAAACGCUAUGGAUAUCGGUUGGAUUGCCAUGAGAAAAAGAGAAAAAAAGAAAAUCGAGAGGCUCAUGAAAGGUCAAAGAAGGCAAAGAAGAUGAUUGGUCUGAAGGCUAAGCUCUACCAUAAACAGCGCCAUGCUGAGAAAAUACAAAUGAAAAAGACUAUCAAGAUGCAAGAAAAGAGAAACACCAAACAAAAGGAUGAUGAAAAGACUCCACAGGGAGCAGUACCUGCCUAUCUGUUGGACAGAGAGGGACGGUCCCGAGCCAAAGGACUCUCCAAUAUGGUUAAACAAAAACGGAAAAAGAAAGCGGGCAAAUGGGAAGUCCCUCUGCCCAAAGUUCGUGCCCACGGAGAAACAGAAGUAUUAAAAGUUAUUCGAACAGGAAAGAGAAAGAAGAAGGCAUGGAAGAGGAUGGUUACUAAAGUCUGCUUUGCUGGAGAUGGCUUUACAAGAAAACCACCUAAAUAUGAAAGAUUCAUCAGGCCACUGGGCUUGCGUUUCAAGAAGGCUGUAACACAUCCUGAACUGAAAGCCACCUUUCGCCUGCCGAUACUUGGUGUAGAGAAGAAUCCCCCAUCUCCAUUAUAUACAACUUUGGGUGUUAUUACCAAAGAGGCCACUGAGGUCAAUGUGAGCAAGCUGGGCCUUGUGACACAAGGGGGCAAGGUUAUUUGGGGGAAAUAUGCCCGGGUUACCAACAAUCCUGAAAAUGAUGGAUGCAUAAAUGCAGUCUUACUGGUUUGAUAACCAUUUCACACAAGUAACUUACACAACAAUUGAGAAAACCAGCAUUACUGUGAUGUUUCGGAAUGCUACCAAACAGCCUUACAUGUCUGCAGUCAUUAAGAGAA